GGAGAAGGGGAGGGGGAAAUCCCGACGGUCGUAUCCGGCUCGCCGUCUCCUGAACAGCCACGAGAGGCUGCCAAGAGCGGGGCUGGGGUUCGCCCCCUCAGGACCCAGAGCGGUCCCGUCAUCCUCCUCACGAGGGGAAAUGGCCUGAAGAAGGCGGCUAACAGCCUUUGACCACCAUGAGUUGGAGUUUCCUGACACGUCUACUAGAAGAGAUCCACAACCACUCCACGUUCGUUGGGAAGAUCUGGUUGACGCUGCUGAUCGUCUUCCGCAUCGUCCUCACCGCCGUGGGAGGGGAGUCCAUCUACUACGAUGAGCAGAGCAAGUUCGUGUGCAACACGGAACAGCCGGGCUGCGAGAACGUUUGCUACGACGCUUUCGCCCCGCUCUCCCACGUGCGCUUCUGGGUUUUCCAGAUCAUCCUCGUCUCCACUCCCUCGGUGAUGUACCUGGCCUACGCCGUCCACAAAAUCGCCCGGAUGGUGGAGCACGGCGAGACGGAGAGGAAGUUCCGGAGCAAGCCUUUCCCCAUGCGCUGGAAACAACACCGAGGCUUGGAAGAAGCCGAGGACGACCACGAGGAGGACCCGAUGAUGUACCCGGAGAUCGAGCUGGAGAGCGAGAACAAGGAAAACCCACCUCCUACCAAAGUGAAGCACGACGGCAGGAGGCGCAUCCGAGAGGACGGCCUCAUGAAGAUUUAUAUACUGCAACUCCUGAGCAGGACUGUUUUUGAAAUCGGCUUCCUCGUCGGCCAGUAUUUCCUCUACGGGUUCGAAGUGAGCCCGAGGUUCCUCUGCAGCCGGAAGCCGUGCCCGCACACGAUAGACUGCUUCAUUUCGAGGCCUACGGAAAAAACCAUCUUCCUGCUCAUCAUGUACGGCGUGAGCUGCCUGUGUUUACUUCUGAACGUAUGGGAAAUGCUCCACUUGGGAUUCGGCACCAUCCGGGACACGCUGAACAAUAAGCAGAAAGAGCUGGAGGACUCGGGGACUUACAACUACCCGUUCACUUGGAACACGCCGUCCGCACCUCCGGGCUACAACAUCGCGGUGAAGCCCGAACAGAUCCAGUACACGGAACUGUCCAAUGCCAAAAUGGCCUACAAGCAGAACAAGGCGAACAUCGCCCAAGAGCAGCAAUACGGGAGCAACGAGGAGAACAUCCCCACCGAGUUGGAGACCCUCCAGCGGGAAAUCAAAGUCGCCCAGGAACGCUUAGACCUCGCCAUCCAGGCCUACAACAACCAGAACAACCCGACCUGCUCCAAGGAGAAGAAGCCAAAGGGCAGCUCAAAUAAAAGCAGCAGCAGCAGCAAGUCAGGGGAUGGGAAAACCUCAGUCUGGAUUUGACGCUGCCCUCUCUGGGAAUUAAUGCUGUGCUACUUAACGCUGACCGGCAGACUUGCUGCCUAAGGAAUUCCAAUAAAUAAAAUGUUUGGCUUUGUUUAAGUUCAGGGGUGUUUGGGGCCGCCAAAGGACACACUCC